AUGAAGAAAGUUGUAGUGGCUGUAGAAAUGUGCUGUGAAAAAUGCAAAACAAGGGUCUUGAAAACUGUUGCCAAAGUUGAAGGAGUGGAUUCUAUAGAAGUGGAUGCCUCCAAGAAUACAGUGACAGUCAUUGGAGAGGUAGACCCUGUCAAAAUUACAGUAAAGAUCAGAAAAUUCAGCAGGUGUGCACAGAUUAUAAGUGUGGGACCUCAUCCUCCACCGAAAAAGCCAGAAGAGAAGAAGGUGGAGAAAAAACCACAGGCUGAAGAAAUAAUCUACAUUCUGCCAGCAUGUUGUCAAAGAUGUGAGGGUGGGUAUUAUGUCUAUGACGACUUUGACAGCCAAAAUUACAGUUUUUGCACCAUUGUUUAGAGGAUAAUCCCUAGUCCACUUUCAA